AUGACAACAACUAGUAAGUUUGAUUCAUCUUCUAGUAGCCCAGAUAGACCUCUGUAUACUACGCAGCGUGGAUCUCAUAUAGCUGCUUCAUUAGAUAGGUCGGGCAGCUUUCGAGAAUGCAUGGAAAAUCCAAUUUUGUCUUCUCUACCCAACAUGUUGAGAAGUAGUUCUCCAGCAAUGCAUGGGGAUGUGGAGAGCUUCUUCAAUUAUGUGCAUUUUGAUCCAAAGUUGUUGGUCUUGGAUCAUAAAUCUAAUCGUCAUGUGGAUUACAAGAGACACGUUAAUGCUGCUCUAGGAAUUUCACCUGAUGAAUCUCCGUCUAGCUCUGCAAAAGGAAAGCUUCUGCCAUCCCCAGUACCAGAAGACAUCAAGCGUAUGAGGGAUAAUCUGUAUUCAAGCACUGUGAAAGCGAGGGAACGUGGGAAAAUGUUCAAUGAGGCCUUAUCUGUAUUCAAUGAAGUUUUCCCAACUGUAAAUUUGAAGAAGAGAUCUCGAGUUGAAAGCUUUUCCAACGAUCGUUCUAGUGUCAUGUUGAAUGACCGUUCAGCCCUGGGGUCAAGCAUGGGUAAGGUUGGCAUUCAAGGUCAUACCGUCACAGGUGCUUUUGAACUAGAGCAGCAAAAGUCCGAAGAGAGAACCAAAAGUUUGGUUCCGAACAAGCGCACUCGAACUUCUAUGGUUGAUGUAAAGAUGGAUGUCCGGACCAAUUCUCUUGUUAGGCCAUUAGGGACUGUUGAUAGAGAUAAGGAAAAGCUACGGAUUGCCAAUAAUGGUGUGGUUCAGAGUGAAGAGCGAAACUUACCUGUUGUAGGUGAUGGUUGGGAGAAGUCAAAAAUGAGGAAGAAGCGAUCAUGCAUCAAGCUAGAUGGUUCUCCAAGUACUACUUUGAACAAACCUGUUAGUGGUUUCCAGGAAACGAAACAGGGAAUGCAACAAAGACUUGCUACUGAUUCUCGGUUGAAAUUGAGUAACGAUUCUAAUACUUUUAGGCUGGGCAUUUCUAAUGGAACUGUUACAGCUGGCAAAUCAGAUGGAGUCUCUCAACAGACUGGGUUGGGUAUACGCGCCCCUAUUCAUAGAAACGACCAAGAUAAUAGUUCCCUUGUCAAUGAUAAGCGGGUUCGUCCUGCUAGUUCAGACAAGGAGAGGGUGAACUUCAGAGCUGUUAACAAGGCAACUGUUCGUGACGAGUUCAAUUCAGCCAGCCCUACCUCAAGUACAAAAUUGAAUGCUGCUAUUCGGGCUCCACGAUCAGGUUCAGGAGUUGCCCCCAAGUUGUCACCAGUUGUCCAUAGAACAGCUGUUCCUAAUGACUGGGAGCUUUCUCAUUGUGCCACAAAGCCCCCAGCUGGUGUUAAUAGUACUAAUAAUCGCAAACGUGUGACUUCGGCACGGUCAUCUUCCCCACCUGUUGUCCCCUGGCAGAGGCCGCAAAAGAGCUCUCGUACUGCCAGGAGAGCAAGUUUUGUGCCUAUUGCUUCGAGUAAUGAUGAAGCUCCUGCUGUGGAUGCUGUCUCUGAUGUGUCUGGUAAUGAUAUUGGUUUAGGAUUUGUGAGACGCUCAGCUGGAAGUUCUCCUCAGCAAAUUAAACAAAAAGGUGAACCUUCACCUUCGGCAGCUUUAUCUGAAAGUGAAGAGUCCGGGGUGGCUGAGGUUAAACCAAAAGAAAAGGGUAGGAAACCAGAAGAGAGAGAUAUGAAAGCUGGACAAAAUGUUCCAAAGGUGUCUAACUUGGUAACUAGAAAGAGUAAGCUUGUUUCGGGGGAAGAACUUGGAGAUGGUGUUCGGAGGCAAGGCAGGACGGGGCGCGGUCUCAAUGCCACAAGGUCACAGAAACCAAUGGCAUUUGAGAAGCUUGGAAAUACUGCAAAACAACUAAGAAGUGCAAGACUAGGAUCUGAUAAGAAUGAAAGCAAAGUGGGUCGUCCCCCAACAAGGAAACUUUCUGAUCGCAAAGCCUAUGCUCGUCAAAAGCCUACUGCCAUCUGUGCAGCAGCAGAUUAUUUUGUUGGGUCAGAAGAUGGACAUGGAGAGCUAUUGGCUGCUGUAAAGGGAGUUAUCAACUCUGCCUAUACCUUCUCCAGCCCAUUUUGGAAACAAAUGGAGCCUUUCUUCGGUUUGAUACCUGAUGAAGAUAUUACUUACUGGAAGCAGAAGGUAAAUCUUGAAUCAAGCACUCAGAUGGCAACUCCAGUUCCUAAAUAUAUAGAUGGCGGUGAAACCAUUGUUAAUGGAUAUGGGUUGAUUGGCUGGGAAAGAGAUGUCAGAUCUGAUGUUCAAGGCAGUGCUGGUACUAAUACAGAAAAAUUACCACCACCAAAGGGAGAUCAUAAAAUGGUACCUCUCUGUCAACGUCUUAUAGCUGCUUUAAUAUCAGAGGAAGAUCGAAGUGGCGGAAAUGAAGAUUUCAAAUUUGACACAUUUGAUACUGAAUCCGAGCCUGAUGGAGAAUUAGAAUUGAAUGGAUUGAAUCAACGCUCAUUAACCAAAAUUCAGUUUGCUUGUCAUUCUGCUUAUAAUGGUUAUGGGAUUACUGGGAGGCCAGCACAUGAUGAAACUGAAAGUGAUAUGAUUGAUAUUCCUAAUUUUGGGUUGAAUCCAAGCUUUGGCAACUCUGUAAAUGGUUUUCUUCAUGAUAAAACAUUAAUGUCUGGCUUGGCUUGUUCAGAGUUGCAAUACAAUAGCUUGGACAUAAAUGAUAAGCUUCUAUUGGAGCUUCAAAGUAUUGGACUUGAUCUAGAACCAGUGCCCGAAAUGGUGCAAGAAGAUGAUGAAGCCAUAUUGGAGGAUAUUACUAGGUUAGAAGAGCUGUACCAAGGACAGGUUUCCAGUAAGAGAAACUUGCUAGAUGGAUUGUUGAAAUCUGCGUCAACCGCAAAAGAACUUCAAGAAAAGGAUUUUGACCAACGUGCUCUUGAUCAACUUGUUGUUACAGCUUAUGAGAAAUACACGGCUUGUCGAGGUUCUAGUGCCUCGGGUGGGAAAAAUUCAAGCAACAACAAAAUGGUCAAGCAAGCUGCAUUGGCAUUUGUUAAAUGGACAUUGGAGCGAUACCACCAAUUUGAAGAUACAGGCAAGAGCUGUUUCAGCGAGCCUUUAUUCAAGGAUAUGUUUCUUACUGCUGCUUCCCAGCAUAGUAUUGUUCGGCAAUCAGAUGGAUUGGAGGCUGAUUCCUCAAAACCUUUCCUGUCUCUGGAGGCAACAUCAGCUUCCAUGGGUUCACAGCAGAGCCCAUCACAAUUUUAUCAGAAUAUGGAUAAUCUGGAUUUCAUUUCAUCAGAUAUGCUUCCUGCUUUAAAUAAUUCAUCUGAACAAACCAGUGGCAAGGAAGAUUUCUGGUCAAACAGGGUAAAGAAGAGAGAAUUGUUCCUUGAUGAUGUUGGGGGCAUUGGAAGUUCUCUAACAAGCAGUGCUAAAGGAAAGAGGAGUGAGAGGGACAGAGAUGGAAAGGGGAAUGGCAGAGAGGUACUAUCAAGAAAUGGAACUACGAAAGUUGGUAGGCAGGCAUCAUCCAGUGCUAAAGGAGAAAGGAAAACCAAAACAAAGCCUAAACAGAAAGCAACACAGCAUUCUGUUUCUGUAAAUGGCCUCCUUGGUAAGUUGUCAGAGAAACCAAAACCAGCAUUGCCUCCUGUUUCAAAGUCUAUCGAAAAGCCUAGUAAUAGAAAUGCCAAGGAAAAGGAUGAGUUUGGCUUGGGUGGAUUGGAUGAGCCAAUUGAUUUGUCCAACCUGCAGCUGCCUGGAAUGGACGUGCUUGGUGAUCCCGGUGACCUUGCUGACCAGGGUCAAGAUCUUGGUUCAUGGUUGAAUAUUGACGACGAUGGAUUACAAGAUCAUGAUGACUUUAUGGGCCUUGAAAUUCCUAUGGAUGACCUUUCGGACUUGAAUAUGAUGGUUUGA